AUGUCACGCUCUUCGCGCGACGUAUCCCCAGAACAGACGCAUGACAGUCCCUCUCGUCCUCCCCGUUCCCCCGCUGCUCAUUCACGGUCUGAAUCCAAUCGCAGACCCCGCUCCCUGCCUCCCGACUACCCAGCCCCUCCAACCACUCCACCAUUCCCUGUAUCCAGUCUUCCAUUACCCGAAGGCACCCAUCUGCUCGUCACGUCCGUCUCCGAAGACCCCCCUCCUCCCUAUCCGACUCCUCGCCGCCCCCGUCGCGUGCGCAGACAACACCAACAACGCCGGCCGUCUGACCACAGCCAGCAGUCAUUCCCCAUCGACGUGACAGAGACGUCCCCGCUGCUCCCGGGGUCGCGGCGGACUAGGGGCCGACGCCAGCUGUUGCGAACCCGGACGCUGUCGGAGAGCAGCGCAGCACCAUCGACCGCGCUAAGCGUCGCUCGCUCUGUGUAUUCCUUCUUCUCGACGGACAUCGAUUCCGAUUCGGAGAGCGAGGAGACGGAGCGGCAUCAGGCGCUCGGCGAGGCUGCCAGUGCGCUCGCGCGAGUGGAUGCACCCGAGGACGCGCCGCCCCUGCCCGCGUCCGAGAACACGUCUCGAACACUCAAGAAGUGCGGCAUCCGGAAGUAUUUCAAGCCGUUGAUCCGGGCGACAUACUGGAAGGCUAUCUUUCACCUUCUGGUGCUCAACUUUCCCUACGCGCUGAUAGCAUGGAUAUACCUCUUCGUCGGGACCUUGGCUGGAACUACCCUUCUGAUGGCCCUUCCUCUCGGAGCGGUCCUCUGCUUUUUCAACCUCCUCGGCGCCCGUGCCUUCGCUCGUGGUGAGAUCGCUCUGCAGACGACCUUCCAUGGUCCGCUGCCGUACCUCCUCCCUCCGCCGAUACCGAUAUUCAGCCGGCCUCGAACACGAGAGCUGACGACGGAGGAACUCGAGGCGGGUAGGAUGCGCAAUGGCGCGCGACGGAUAGACGACCUCGACUCGGACGAAAUCGGUUAUGAGGGCGGGUUCUACAAGAACACGUACGCGAUGUUCACUGAUCCGACCUCGUACCACGCCCUGUUCUACUUUCUGGUGAUCAAGCCCGCAAUCACGCUGAUCCUGACCGUCCUCGUGCUUGUGCUCCUCCCUACUUGCGGGGCGCUGAUCCUUCCGUUGCCUGCGUUUAUGCGCGCGAUCAGACGAGUUGGGAUGUGGCAGGCCGGCGUCGCUGUAGAAGGCCUUUGCCUCGGCGUUUCUUGAAGCUUGUUACAGACGUGUACAUUCACUGCGAUGUACAGAUUCUCUCCACAUCCGGCAAGCGUCCAGAAAAAUAGGUCUGCUAAUGUUGUACACCG